ACACUAUUUUAAAUAAUUUCUAUUGGAAAUAUUUUAGACAGGAAAAACACUCCUGUUAUCGCAUCCAAAGAGCAGAAUUUUCAACUUCAGAUACAGCAAUCUCCACCGGAAUCUUCUUCUCCGACUUGGGUUUUUCACCAUUUGCAGUUACUUCUGCUGGACAAUCCAUGGCGGUUCAAUGGAGUCCUCUCUCUUACUCCUGCUACUCAAAGCCCUUUAGAACCAAGCCCUUAUCGCCAUUCUCACCUACCCGUUUCAGCUCAUCUUAUAACAGUCCAUCCUCCAUCGAUAUCGACUCAUUUCAGCUCUCAACACACAGUGUGUCAAGGGAUGUUUCUGCUGUAAUUUCUGAAGGGAAAGCGGUGGGUUCCAGCACUUCUGAUACUGAUGUGCUCAAACUCACUUACUUGGAGGGUAAUAGUUGGCUGUGGGAUGUGGGAGGGUUGAAAGUUUUGGUUGAUCCAGUCUUGGUGGGUAACUUGGACUUUGGAAUCCCCUGGCUUUAUGAUGGUGCCAAGAAGAUUUUGAAAAGUUUCAAGCUUAGUGAUCUUCCUCAAGUCGAUUGCUUGCUGAUUACACAAGGCCUUGAUGACCACUGCCAUUUGAAGACCUUAAAGCCACUCUCUGAAAUGUUUGGAGAUCUUAGUGUCAUAGCGACUCCCAAUGCUAAAGCCUUAUUGAACCCCCUUUUCAAAAAUGUCACAUAUCUGGAGCCUGGUCAGAGUUUUGAAGUUGCUGCAAAAAAUGGUUGUAAAGUCACAGUGCAGGCUACUGUAGGUCCAGUUCUGGGUCCUCCUUGGCAACGUCCUGAGAAUGGAUAUCUUGUCAAUUCUCCACGAGACCAGCUGACUCUUUACUAUGAACCCCACUGUGUAUAUAACAAGAAUCUCUUGGGGAAGGUACAGGCUGACAUCAUCAUUACCCCAGUUAAAAAGCAGCUCCUGCCGAAAUUUACUUUGGUUUCUGGCCAAGAAGAUGCAGUUCAACUUGCAAAGCUGUUGAAUGCCAAGUUUGUUGUGCCAAUGAACAAUGGAGACCUUGAUACUCGAGGGCUUCUUGCACCUAUAAUUCAAUCUAUAGGGACAGUUGAGUCAUUCAAGGAACUUCUGUCAAGGGAACUACCUGUCGCACAGGUACUGGAGCCCAUGCCUGGAGUUCCACUGGAAAUUUCAGCAGCUUCAAGACUUGCAUAGUGCAUUCCUGGUUUUUAAUUUUUAUUUCUUUGUAAUGUAGAAAUGAAGCUAAAAUAUCCUGAAAAUGUAUAUAAGUUAACAACUUUUAUUAGUUCUUUUUUAAUAAACAAAGGAGAUUGCAAUUUU